AUGAGCGAAAAUUGGCAACUGGAUGACAAGGACUAUGAGAAGCUUGGGGUGGAACUUGGACCCAUUGGCUGGGGAGUUUACUACCUUUGGAAUGCAGUCGCGCCCACUGGCAAGGGGAGUGGCGAUCCGCUCUCGGGCUGGUGUCUAGCUUGCAACAAAGACGAUGAUCUUGUUUUUCUGAAAACCGAAGGAUAUUACUCGAAUUAUCUGCUGGACAAUCCCGCCGGCGGUUCCGGUCGAUCAGACGACAACGCUUAUUAUUUUAUGCCGGCUGGAAUCGAUGUCAAAUCGCGCGAAUCGGAUUCUAGAUUCAUGGUGCUAAAACAGCUUUUCAGCUGGAGAAAAUGUCCCAAGGAUCUGAUGGUUAAAUACGCCAACUGGUGGGGUGGCCAUGAAGUUACUGGGAAGGAGAAGGAAUAUUACAUUGCGCUUAUUAAAGUAGCGUGGGAGGCAAAGGCAAAGAAAGACAAGGCCAAAGAGGAACAGGAAGAGAAGGCCCGAGCGGAAGAGGAAAAGAAACGCAAUGAGGAGUAUGCUUAUCACAAGAAAUUUAUGGAGGAACAUCCAGAUGCACAUUUAUCGAUUGCUAGGAGACAUUGGGAAAGUGGUGAGGGUUGGGAAAGUGGUGAGGAUUAG